CCGUAAAAGGAGGAAGCAGAACCAGCCCAGUCCAGUCCGCGGCUCAGCCCGUCCAACUCUCCGCCCAGGCUCCACCUGUGCGCGCGCUAAGCUCGGAAAACUCAGCGGGUCCAGAAGGGGUCGCUCAGGCUCGGAACAUCCGCGAGACCAUGGCAGACUCGGCGGCCGCCAACAGCGACGGGGAGGACGGACCCCGCCAGCCGCUGCGGGGCUUCGCCCGCCAGGGCGCGCUCCGCCAGAAGAACGUCCACGAAGUCAAGGACCACAAGUUCAUCGCGCGCUUCUUCAAGCAGCCUACGUUCUGCAGCCACUGCACCGACUUCAUCUGGGGAUUCGGGAAGCAGGGAUUCCAGUGUCAAGUCUGCUGUUUCGUGGUCCACAAGCGCUGUCAUGAGUUUGUCACCUUCUCCUGUCCUGGUGCCGAUAAAGGACCCGAUUCAGACGACCCGAGGUCGAAGCACAAGUUCAAGAUCCACACGUACUCCAGCCCCACCUUCUGUGACCACUGCGGCUCCCUGCUCUACGGCCUCAUCCACCAGGGCAUGCGAUGCGACCACUGCAUGAUGAACAUCCACAAGCGCUGCGUGGCCAACGUGCCCAGCCUCUGCGGCACCGACCACACGGAGAGGAGAGGUCGGAUCCAGAUCAGUGCCGAGAUCAAGACCAACGUCCUCACUGUCACCAUCAAAGAGGCCCGGAAUCUGGUUCCCAUGGACCCCAACGGCCUGUCGGACCCCUACGUGAAGCUGAAACUGAUCCCUGACCCGCGCAGCGAGAGCAAACAGAAGACCAAGACCAUCAAGUGUUGCCUCAACCCCACCUGGAACGAGACCUUUAAAUUCCACUUGAAGGAGUGCGACAAGGACCGGCGCCUCUCGGUGGAGGUCUGGGACUGGGACCUGACCAGCCGCAACGACUUCAUGGGCUCACUGUCCUUUGGCAUCUCAGAGCUGCAGAAGCAAGGAGUGGACGGAUGGUUUAAGAUGCUUUCCCAGGAAGAAGGCGAGUACUUCAACGUUCCCGUGGCUCCUGAAGGAGAGGAAGGCAACGAGGAGCUGCGGCAGAAGUUCGAGAGGGCGAAAAUCGGCCCGGGGAAGAACACUGAGGGCAAAUCGGCAAACGCAGCCUCCAGGUUCGACUCCAACGGCAACCAGGAUCGAAUGAAGCUGUCUGACUUCAACUUCCUCAUGGUUUUGGGCAAAGGAAGCUUCGGCAAGGUGAUGCUGGCUGAACGGAAAGGAACAGAUGACCUCUACGCCAUUAAGAUUCUGAAGAAGGACGUGGUGAUCCAGGACGAUGAUGUGGAGUGCACCAUGGUGGAGAAGAGAGUGCUGGCUCUAGCGGGGAAGCCUCCCUUCCUAACUCAACUCCACUCCACGUUCCAGACCAUGGACCGACUCUAUUUUGUCAUGGAGUACAUCAACGGCGGAGAUCUCAUGUACCAGAUCCAGCAAGUCGGCAAGUUCAAAGAGCCGCACGCUGUGUUCUACGCCGCAGAAAUUGCCAUCGGUCUGUUCUUCCUGCAUCAGAAGGGCAUCAUCUACAGGGAUCUGAAGCUGGACAACGUGAUGCUGGACUGUGAGGGACACAUCAAGAUCGCAGACUUCGGCAUGUGCAAGGAGAACAUGAACGACGGCGUCACCACCAAGACCUUCUGUGGAACACCAGACUACAUCGCUCCGGAGAUCAUCGCGUAUCAGCCGUACGGGAAGUCUGUCGACUGGUGGGCCUUCGGGGUGCUGCUGUAUGAGAUGCUGGCUGGGCAGCCGCCCUUCGACGGCGAGGAUGAAGACGAAUUGUUCCAGUCCAUCAUGGAGCAUCACGUCUCGUACCCCAAGUCCAUGUCCAAAGAGGCCGUGGCCAUCUGUAAAGGGUUGAUGACCAAGCAUCCCGCCAAGCGACUGGGCUGCGGUCCGGAGGGCGAGCGGGACAUCCGGGACCACAGCUUCUUCCGCUACAUGGACUGGGAGAAGCUGGAGAACAAGGAGGUGCAGCCGCCGUUCAAGCCCAGAUCCUGCGGACGGGAUGCGGAGAACUUUGACCGAUUUUUCACUCGCCACCCGCCGGUGUUGACCCCUCCUGACGAGGAAGUGAUUCAGAACCUGGACCAAGACGAGUUCCAGGGAUUCUCCUUUAUCAACCCGGAGUUUCCUGGAGCCGCCACCACCGCCACCUCCAAGAAGGCUUGAUUUGGGCCGGACUUUAGGGUGGACCUCACACACCUCACUCUGCUUGCACCGACAUCUGCUGCAGUAGUGUCUCGGGUUUUCAUAACUGAGUCCGUCCGAACCAUUAGAUCUCAGCUCAUUAAGGAUUUACAAACUAAACGGGCCGCUCAUUAAAUCUACAUAUGCAGGGGAGUCCAACACAUGUGGCCAUAAAUAUUCAAGAGGUAAACUGGGCCAAACAUUAUGACCACCUGUCAGGCCUGCUCCAACUUUGCUGCUGGAGUGAGGGCCGCAGUGGUCAGUAGCUCUCAAGUGGGAACCCUUCUGUGGCUGCUGGCCACUGCGAGGCUGGUGGUCAUAAUGUCAUGGUCAGGAAUCCAGCAGAACCGUUCCUUUCACUCGACAACUGAAGCUGAAAAUACGAGCCCCACUGAAGUCAGGAUUCCUGACGACAUUCCCGCUGGCUGUGUUGGACUCGCUCUUUCUCUCUCGGCUCUUUCAGCUCGUCAUGACCCCCGUGCGCUCUGCUUUUCUAUCAGUGUUUGAUCUUAUCUUAGCCAAAAUCUGGAUGCCUGACCCUCUCGUGCAUGAGUUUGUGUGACCCUGACGACGGUUGCUGACGUAGGUAGACAGCUCUUAUACUCUGACUUAACUGUGGUUACAAAAGAGACCAGUAGUUAGUUCCUUCGUGUUGAGAAGCAUGACUCCAAUGCUAUGUUUACAGUGUGUGUUUGUGUGAAUGUGGCUGUUGCUAUGGUGACCAUCCCAUCAGUCCCGGCUGCUCAACUUAGCUCGGGGUACGGUGGACUCUAGCUCAUGCAGUCAAUAGAAGCCCCUGCAGUGGUCAGUCCCUGCUGCCUGUGAGGCCCGGCAGCGAUUGGUCCGCGGAGUCAUGUGAUCUGUGUCUUACCAUGAGAUCAGUUUAUGAAAUGGGUUUUCAUUCUGGUUUUGUGAUUUACACGGAAAUGAACUCCUGCUCUUCAUCCUCAUCCCUGCCUCCCUGAGUCUGGCUCCUACAGUCUCAAAUAUCGCCCUUCAUUUCCACGGCAGGAGUUUUCCUUGUAAAUGGCAGAGCCAGACCUUCUAGGGCGCUUGCUGCAGUCCCGUUUCCUGCUGCUGGGACGGUUCUGACACCCAAUGCUCCUCAGUUGGUCGAGGCUUAGGAACUGACCACUGCAGCCGCGGGUUUGGGUGAGAAGCUCACUGCCGACUGAAGCUGCGUCUUCACAGCUAGCAAUAACCUGGUGUUGGCACUGAGCCCAACAGCCUGGACUCCGCAGUGUUAGUUCUCUCUGUAGUGUAGCCACGACAGCUCUUUACCGUCGACCUGAACAAACUCGGAAAUCCAAACCCAGGUAUCGUGUCUGUGUUUCCCGCCGCAAACACACCGGUCUGCGCUCAGUGUUGUUGAAAAGAGUUUUUUUCCUUGAGCAAUCUUUACUGCAUGAUUUUUUUUUAAAAAGAAAUAUUUUGGAUUUAUACCCAUCUAACCUGUUCGGGUGGCUGUUCUGCUAAAGUUAAUGUUGCUACUGUUCUGUGCUAACAAAUGUACUGUACCAAAAAAAGAGAAAAAAAAGGUUUUGGAUGCUUUCCAUGUGCCAAAAUAGCUUGUUUUGGAGAAAAACAAAGGGCAAAAUAAAGGAGUGAACUGUGUCCAUCUCACCUCUUCUUCACCUCAGAGAUGGAGCUACAUGAAGAUGCUAAGUGUUGUAGGUCAAGUGUGCACGAACCUGAACUGGUGCUGAAGACAAAUCGCUGCGUGAAGGAGCGCGUCCCAAUACCUGGGAGGUGGAGGACAGUGAGCUGAGGACCAGAGAUGAGAUUGUUGGAGGGUGACCGGGGGAGGGGGUGUGUUGUGACCGAAAUUGGAAAUGGAAACGAGCAGAACAAAAAGAAGAGUGAGGGAAGCGGCAUGGGGUGAAGAGGACAGGAGGAGAUUGGAGAGGCUCCGGCGGCUGUGCAUAUUUCAUGGCUGCCACUUAUCAUAAGAGCCUUUCCUUGAUGGGGAGCACAGGUCUGAUGACUUCAAGGAAAUCACAUGCGGAGUACGGCCUGGCGAGCCACUCCUCCUGAGCUAGGGCUGGAUUCAUGGAGACCCUCUCUCGCCUACCAAGAUGGAAGCAUGUGAAAGGCAAAGGGGGAGGUGUCAGGGGGGUUCAGGUGAGAGCAGUUGGCGUGUUGAGGAGAGACCAUGCUGCUGCUCCCGCCGACUCUAACACCUACAAAGCCGUUGCAAAGUUCCGAGGGAGCUGAUUGGCUCUUGUCGCCGGCAUCCACGCGUGAAUGCUAUGCGCCUCUGUUUCAGACCCUAAGAUGGCGUUCUGCAGCCAGUCAUGCUAAGCUCCAGAGGAACAUGCUAGCGAUGGGCGCGUCAGAGAAGCGCCGCCUCUUGUCAGUCAGUGGAAUGUUUCCACCAAGCAGACAAAGGAUUCUGUUCUUACAGUAGUGAAGAGUCUGGACUGAGUUCAGACCGAGUAGCAGUCGGUGUUGAAGAACUGGGUUUGGAAAAAGGGCCAGUGUCAGGUAGUAAGUGUAGUAAGUAAGUGUUCCAGCUCAGUGCAGCUGAAGGUUGGAAUGAAACUCUGAGGAGCAUCCUGGACUCUGGGAAGGCCUGUCCUCCUGCCGCUGGGACGAGGCACCCAGUUCCAGCACACAAGCUGUGUAAACUUUGCGUUGGAGUGGAUGUAAUAUCUGGCGAGUGCGGCGUGCUGCGGCAGCGCCGGCGCCUCUGAUAAUUAAUUCCCAAUGUUGCAGCCCCCAAAUUAAAGCCGGUGGCUCCCGCACAAAGCAGGCUGCGCUUAUCAGCCCAAAACAGGUCAGCGUUCGAUACUGCCUUUCAUUCAGCCCUCCCCCCUCCCCCGUGCCUCCCACUCUCCCCCUCAUCCUCAGCUGACAUGGGCUCGUCUCCCGCUAAUCCUCUGGUUACUGAAAAGAGAUGGGGUGAGGGAGAGUGUGGGUCGGGGUGAGGAGUGGGGAAGGAUGUGUUAAGACUAAAUGAAGGACUCAGGGGAGCGUGCGGGUGCAUGUGCUGGCCUCACGCUGCUGCCUUCCUGCCGCUGCCUAUCGCUCCAUCUCCACCAAAGGCCACUGAUACUCAUCUCUCUCUGCGUCCUCCGUUGCGUCUUUCCUUCUUCCUGCCUCUGUAUCUCUCUGCCUCACAGCAUUAGCUGCAGUUGAAGCACGCUGUGAUGGAAGACAUCACGAGUUGGCCUUCGCUGUUGCUGCAUGUGUGUGUGUGCAUCAUCUGAAGAUCCAGAGAAAGUGUCUGGACUUCAGUUAGACCUUAGCUGAACUGAGUGCAGAAGGAACAUUUGUGGGGCACUUCCUGCACCGCCCGAGCUCUCAGGUGGAGCCGGACCUGGUCCUCCAGAGGAAGGUAGGAGUCCUGCCGAUGGUGUGCCGCGCGGUUGUGUGUUCCCAUCUUUGGCCUGUUGCUCCGCAUCUGCAGCUAUAUGUGUGUUUGUGGGGCUCCCACCGUUGUGGUUUUCUCUGUUUAGUGUGGGUCUGUCCGUGGACAGGGUCACGUCCUUGACUCACUGUCAUGCUGCUCACUCCUCCUCCAGUAGGGCGGCAGCAGAGCUGACCUUAUUUAGCGCCAAUCACUAGAAACAUAAGACAAAGUGACGUCCCUGAAUGUCAGCUAGCCGCUAUUUCUGCUAGUUAGCUAAUGCUAACCUCGAACUGCUUUCACUGUGCGCUCUGUGAUUUUCGUCGCUCAUGCUAAGGCUAGCUAUCCAUUCUGUCUAAUAAAAAAGCCACAACAAGGCAAUGCAUAUCAAAAUGAUAAGAACAUGAGGGGAGUCGGUGAGUGUUGCCGUACAAAAUAGCUCCAGAAAGUGUGAGGAGAUGGAGCUCACUAAAAUGUUCAAAACAACACGGCCCCCCAGCUCUGGCUGAACGCUCUCACAAACGUGGCCCUCGAAUGUGUUUCUUCACAGCUGCGUAACUAAACGUUAACACAAACGUACAUAAACUUAAGUUUCUUCAACCAGACUAUGAACCUAUACUGCGAGCAGCUUGUCAGUGACAUGGCCCAAGUUUUCCUCUACAGUCAAGAGUGUUGCGCUUCCAGUGUGUCGGCACAACGCCGACACUCGACCCUUGUGGGUAAAUGGCAGCUGCUCCACACGCUGCCUUGGUUGUGACUCCGCCUCCCACGUCCUCCAUCUUUGACCCUCCUCCGCUUACUCUGUGGACCGGAGCUAAUUCUAACGUGAAUUUCUCUCC